AUGUCCACCAGUGGUGUCACCACGGCCGCGCUCAACAACACCACGAGGGGAUUAGCCCUUUGCACCGCCGACGUCAAGUUCGGUACUUGUUCCGUCAUGCGCAACACCAUCGGGCUUGCUGUUUCUUCUGUAAGAGACGCUGCGUCGUUACCACCCGGUACUGACGGUUCGCACAUUGGUACUGAGAACGCUCCGGUGCCAUGUUCAAGCAGCGCGUGCCAGUCAAGCGCUGACCUGGUGCUUAAUCAGGUGACCAACAAACUUGUAAGUGCGAUGAGCACAAUUCCGGUAAGAUCGAACUCCAUUUAUAUUUCUAAUUUCGAUCCGUCUUUCAACGAUUUCGAUAUAUGGUGUGAGGAGGUAGACUCUGCACGGUUGUCUAAUUAUUGGGAUGAUCGUGAGUGCUUAUCUCAGAUUGGAUAUUGUUUAAAAGGAGAUGUUAAAGUGUGGCUAAAUGGGUGGCUUAGUAAUGAUCGUAGUUGGUCUAACUUUAAAAAGGGAAUUUAA